GAGUGAUAGAUAGAUAGAAAAGAAGACUCACACACACUGAGUGUGGUCUCUCUUGCACAAAACUUGUCCAGAAGAAGAAAGACCCAUAAAUUAACAUUCUCUCAGCUAGUUUUGCUAUAAUAGCAAGCCUUUUAAGCAUAUUUCUGGGGUUUGUUCCCUUUUACUUGUUUAGGUUUUUGUUGGGAGAAAAAAGGGUAAGAAAGAAGAAUUGUAAUAUAAUUAAAGCAAAAAAUAAUUACCAAAAAUAUUAUUAUUAUUAUUAUGGGAAGAGGUAGGGUUCAGUUGAAGAGGAUAGAAAACAAGAUCAAUCGUCAGGUUACUUUCUCCAAAAGGAGAGCUGGACUUCUCAAGAAAGCUCAUGAGAUCUCUGUUCUUUGUGAUGCUGAAGUUGCUUUGAUUGUCUUCUCCCACAAAGGAAAGCUCUUUGAAUAUGCCACUGAUUCUUGCAUGGAGAAGAUACUGGAGCGGUAUGAAAGGUAUUCAUAUGCAGAGAGGCAGCUAGUUGCAAAUGAUUCGGAGUCUCAGGGAAAUUGGACCAUUGAGUAUACUAGACUGAAGGCAAAGAUUGAUCUUUUGCAGAGAAACUAUAGGCAUUACAUGGGAGAAGAUUUGGGUUCAAUGAGUCUCAAAGAACUUCAGAGUCUGGAACAGCAGUUAGAUACUGCUCUCAAACAAAUUCGUACACGCAGAAACCAACUCAUGUAUGAGUCUAUUUCAGAGCUUCAGAAAAAGGAGAAAGUGAUACAGGAGCAGAAUAGCAUGCUUGCAAAGAAGAUCAAGGAGAAAGAAAAGAUUGCAGCUCAACAACAGGCACAAUGGGAGCACCCAAACCAUGGAGGAGUUAAUCCAUCUUUCUUACUACAGCAGCAACUUCCAAGUUUGAACAUGGGUGGCAAUUACCGUGAGGAAGCACCGGAAAUGGGGAGGAAUGAGCUUGACCUGACCCUGGAACCAUUGUAUACUUGCCACCUUGGAUGCUUUUAAUUUGAAAACCUUCUAAGAGGUGGAUGGUAUUAUCAAAUAUUUAUAUGCUAAAGGCAUAUAAUAUAUAUAUAUGUGGCUCUAUGUUUUGUAGUUUAAUUUCCCUAUUUUGAAGACGUUAAUAGUGUGUUGUAAGCUUAAUUAUAACUUGAUUACAAGGUUAGACUCUUAAUUAAGCUUUUCUAUGUGUUAAUUAAAUUCAGUGCUGAAAGGCAUGUCCAGUAAUGACAUUCUAGCUGAUUAAGCAUCGACUUUUUAUUU